AUGGAGACACUUAAAGGACACACUGAUAAUGGCAUAACAUGUGUAGCCAGUAAAUGUACACUUGCGCGGUAAGUAAAUAUUAUAAUGCCAUAUCUACCCACUAUUAUUCGAGAAAUGUCGAGAAAUGUUUGUUUGUUCGGUAGUUAUUAAGUAAACCAAUUAUUUGCCAUACUGGUAGUUUUGUUUAACGUUCGUUAGUCGUUUAAUUCAGUCGUAAUCUUAAACAAAUCCGAAGUGCCUGUCAAUAUUUUUCUAAUUGGUACAUUUUAUUUCAAAACACGCGAAAAAAAAAAUAAGUAAUAUAUGGUAGACGAGGUUCAUCUCGUUAAUUUCGCUUAAUAUUCAGAAAAAUUUAGUAAAAUUAAUUCGAAGUAUUUGUUUCGAAAAUUCUUUACACGUAAUUAAUUUUGUGAAUUUUUAGAUUCUGAGCAAAGGAAUGCAUUAGUUUGUUCAAUGUUCCUUUUUUUUUUUUUUUUUUGUUGGACAAAUUUUCUACCAGAAAUGUUGGUUCGAUUUAUAAUGAUAACAUUUUUUCUGAAAGGAAAUCUUAAUGGUGUAUUACUUUAGACGGGUUAUUUUUUAAUUUUCUCAUGAGUUUUCCCAAUAAAUUUGAAAAAACGGAAGAAAUACGGGAAAACGUACAAAAUGUAAAUAUUAGCGCUAAUUUUUAUGCGCAUUGAUUCAGUGAUGAUAGGUCAAUUGAUUUUACAAUUUAUGUUUAUAGCGAUUUAUAAUCUAUUGAAACAAUAUAAAAGCAGAAUAAUACACAUAGGUAUAUGUGUAUAUUUUUGUAUGGCCCGGUGAAAUGUUUAAAAUGGCCUAAUUUCGCAUACACGGAAAAAAAAACUGAAAUUACUCUUUUGUCUCCACAGUUCCGAUAUUUGCAAAUAUUGAAGAUUUCAGUAGUAUAUCUAAUAGUUAAUGUGCUUUAGUGUUUGGUUUGCUUCGUUCGUAAAUCGUCUAUUUUUGCUGCUUUUUCGGUUUUACUUCUUGUAUUGUUUCAAUUUCCGAUAUUUCGAGGAGGGUUGUUACAUAUUGUUUUCCUCGCGUAUUUUUUUCAGUUUUUUUGAGUUUUCCCAUUCCCUUAUUGUUUUUACUGUUCACGAUUACCUAAUGGGCUAUUUCAUUUGCAGAUACGUUAGUAUGUACAAGUUGAUGUUUAUUUUCUCCACACAGUUUCAUCAGCAUCCUCCAUUCUUUACUGUUAUUUCGGGCCAAGUUUAGCUCGACUACAAUAUUUCCAUAGUCUAUUUCACAUAUUAUUGAUCUGUGUUGGGCUACUAUUGCUUGGGCUACUCGUUUUGUGCAUAGCUGUUCGAUAUUUUCACUGACGAAGAUAUUAUCCGGGUUAUUAUAUCCUCUUUUCCAUCGCUGUAAAAGGGAACUUAAAACUUUGAGUCGUGUAUCGGUUGCAUUUGUCCAUUUAUCUACACGCUGGUCAUCUUCAUUGGUCUCAUCGUACCCUCAGCUGAGGCUUUAACUAUUUAAAUCACAAAGGACUAAUUUUUGUUUUUCGAUUUUUGCAGUUUGUGGGCUCAGCAAAUUUAAACGAUGCGUUUGGUGGCUUAUAUUUCAAAGAUAUUAGGUAUGACUUACCCUAGUCAUAUAUUACCCAAGUCGACAGUGAUUAUUUCUAUAUAGUGUCCUCGUCCGUGUGUCAAAUCAGUACAAAUACUGAUUUGACAUUAAACAAAGAUUGCGUUACCAUAUUUAUAGUGUGGAGGACGUCGGCCUAUUAUCUUCAUGUCAGUUAUACAUGGGUUAUGUUCAGAAUAUUUUCUGUGAGUUUCCCGUAGACACUGUACGGUCUACAUUGUUUUUCUUUAUUAUGUGCAAAAUUAUUUCCUCUUUCUCUGAUGUUAGUUCCUCAAUAUAAAGUUACAUUUACGUAAGGUAUAGUCCUGAUAAGGAUCAUUUAGUUAGGUCAAUUGACGGUUGAAAGAAUGGCCGUCAGUAUAUUAAUAAAAUACGUCUUUAUUUGUAAUCAGAUGAAGUCGAUAUUCAGAGGGCACCACGUGGAGGCUCUUUAAAUGCUUUAAAUGUUUAAUAACGACGCGUCUUUUUAAUUUAAACAAAUUAUUUUUUAAAGAUGGUCAAAACCACGAAUCGUGCGAAAAUUAAUGUUUGCGUCCAAAGAUGUGUUGUUAAUACAAAUAGGAAAAACGUUAGUUUUCCAUAACGUGAGAACGGGAGAAGACGUUUUAGUAGUAGUGGGAAAUGAUUCCACUCCAUCGGACGUCAAUUUACCUUUGGAUAGUGUUGGAUUCGUUUCUUGUGGUCCGGAUAAUAUACUGGCAUUGGCUGAACACCCGCCGUUGGCCAAGGUGGCCAUAUGUAAAUAUCCCGAUUUAGAAGUCUUAGCGACUCUUGUUGGUAAGUACUAAAAAUAUAUCACUGUAUUUAAAUUUUAUUUAGGGUAUUCUUGUUAUAUGUAGUCCACCACGUAUUUUUAUAUUUAAUUAAAAUAUUAAUAAAUGUAGAAAUAAUAAUAAAAAUAUUUAUAUAUUAUAUAAUAUAUUCUAGUAAACAUCAUUCAAUAAUACAUAAGCGUAUAAAUCAUAUUUAGUGGUGUUGGGGGGGGGGGUAAUUUCUAGAAAAAUAUGAAAGGUGCUAUCGGCGUACUGCGUACAUCCCGCUAGUUAUGAGAUUUAAUAUUAUUUUUAGUAAUUAUAAAUUUCAAAAAAAAAAAAAAAAUACAAAAUCGAAUGCACUUUUUAUUUUUUUAAAAUGUAAAAUCUAAUUUUCUAGGCUUUUUUGCCAGAUCAUCUACCACUUACUCAGCCGUUAGUGGACUCAGUCCAUGAAUGGUUAACAUCGUAAACCCAUUGAGCCGGGUCUAAUAUUGAUAUAUUUUAAGUGAAAUAAUUUUAUGUUACAUAAAAUAAUACUAAUUAUAUUACUUGUCACAUUAGAUUUAUUGUUGAAGUACGAUAACAAUGUAUUUUUUCUUUUACCUCCUAUUUUAUUAUUAAGUUUUAUAAUUUUUAAUUUCAAAAAUAUAAAACUAAUACAAAUAGCUAAUGGGAAGUUGGUAAAAAUAAGUCUAGUAACAAGUAUUAAAAAAAAAAAAAAAAAAUUAUUUAAUUGUACCUAUUCUAUACAUUUUAUAUUAUUAUAUAUUUUUGUUAUCAUCACAAUAAUUAUUAAAUUGAUAAUGCCAUGGCAUCCAUGCUCCACUCAGCGUUGAUAACCGCAUUAAACAAUAUCCACAUAUAACAAACCUUGACCACAUAGUUAAUACAAAUCAAUGAGUUAUCACUAUAUAUAACCAUUAAUCAGUAAAUUAGUUGAACAAUUUAUUAAUAAUUUUUUGGUACAACAAAUAUAUGUAUAUUGUAAUUGUUAAUAUAACGUAUAAACUAUACGAUGCGACAGUGAAUUUUCACAUCAUUUACAAAUUUUCUACCAUAAAUAUAGCUAUAAUAGAAAAAUAACUUCAGACAUUUUUAAUUUACUUCGUGAGUAAAAAAAUAAUUUCUUGAUUUUCUCGGUAGUUUUAAUAAUUAUUAGAAAAAACUGGAUAAAACAAAAAAUGACAAAUUUAUGGCGGUACUGUUCCAUUAUUUUUAAUUUUUACGCUUUCAGUUUUCUACUAGAAAUAUUGCUCCAAUUUGGGGCAUUUGAAGUAUUUGAGUAUACCAUAUUUCGCCUGUCCUCUUGUGUGUUUAAUUGAUAUUAAUAGUAUUAUAUUACAGUAUAAUAUGUAUUAAUAUUUUCGACUUGUUAACACAUAAUUGGUGCUUUUAUACAUACCUCGUCUGCUUCUUCGUCUUCAUCCUAACAAUUUGGGAUCCUUUUAAACCAAUAUUAUUUUUUUUAAAGUAUUAACUUAUUAAUUCAUAAUAAGAUGAAGUUUUAGUUUAAAUUCUUUAAAUAAAUAGUUUUGUUGAAAUUGACUAAAUCUUACCUAACCUAACUUUUCAAAAUUCAUCCCCUAAAGGAUGUCUAGCUAUCAAAGUAUUUUUGUCAUUUUUUUGUUGAUUUACAGCUGGUUACAAAACAUGUAUUUUUAGUAAAUUUUUUUAGUGUAUCCAUCACGCCCCUAAAUAAUUCAUAAGUAUGAAAUUCGGUAGCGAUAUAUGUAACCACACGAUGUGUAUAUUUAUUAUACAAAAUAUUAUACGUUUUCCUUUUACGUUACGAAUGGAAUUAUGUCCUUUUUAUAUAUUAUGAAAAGACAACAGUUAAACUGUGCGUAAAUUAUGAUCUCUUUCCACGAAUUUAACACACAUAUUAUAAAAAAGAGACAAUAUUGCUUAUUGGUGUGUCACCGUUGUAAAGGGGAAAUUGAGAAGGUAGAAUACAUAAAAGUAUAUUAAGUUAUUCUAUUUUUAUGUGUUAACAAUGAUAAAUCAUUCUAAACAUAAGAUUCUGAGCAGAGGUUAGUUAUACAUGUUUUAAAAUAUUUUAAUAUUUAUGACUUUUGUCAAAAUUGUAUUUUAAAACGCUUAUAAAAAAUAAUACUAUGUUACACUUAAAUUUGUUUGACCAUUAAGUAAACUUAUAAUAAACCUCGUGUUAAAUUUUCAAUUUUCGCAAGUUUUCUGGUUGAAGAGUUAUUUACAGAUAAAAAAAAAAAAAAAAAAAAAACAAUGCAUCAUAUUAAAACUAUUAAUUUUAUAAUAUACUUUUACUGUAUACUAUAAUUUAUUCUAUUAUAAUAUCAACGGUAAAAUAUUCUUCGCUCCAUUCAGAAUCUCAAAUAACCGUACCUACCUACUGAACGACCUAAUGAUGCACUCCCAUGAUAUUUGUUUGUCCGAUUUAAUUAUUCACACUAAUCGUACUAUAAUGAUAUUCUUCAGGGAUUGUUUCAGAACAUUUAAUUGAUAUGAGUAUUAUGGUUUUGUGUCAAUAAGGUGUCAGCAUUUUCUACAAGAAUAUUAGGAACACAACUAGCUGAGUCGAGGAAGUCGAAUAUAUAUGAUGAUGUUCAUAGUUUAUUAUUUACUAUUGUGAUACAAUAUAAUAUUUUGCUUUAUACUGUGUAGAACUAAAAUGUAAACUAAUUAUCUGAUAUAUGAGUGUAUUUGUUAUAAAUUAGUACGAUAUUAAUUCAUAAUAGAAUGUUAUAAUAUAAAAUAUACAAAGCUAAAUCAUCAAUUUGCAAACAAUAUUUUAUGCAUUUUUCUGUUCUUCAUAUGAAAAAAUAGCACAUGACAGGUGAACCUGAUUAGUGUUUUUAAUUUACUCUAUAGAUUUCAAUUUUUUUUUUUUUUACUUUACUUGUAUAUAUUGCUAGAAAAGAUUUUUUUCCUAAUUUUUAAUCUAUAUUUAACCAAUUUCCUUUAGUCCAAUUAACUUAAAAUUUUGUAUGCACUCAUAUUUUCGAUAAUAAUACAAGAAUUAAAAAUCGCAUUUUUAUUCCUUUACCCGGUAAAGCUGUUUUAGUUAUUUUAUGAGUAUGGUUAGAAAAAUACAAUUUUAAAAUUUAGAUUUGUGUUUCAGUUAGAAAAAAAAAAAAUAUGUGUUAUAAUAUUUUUACUGUGUUCAGUUUCAAAGAAAUUAUUAAAGUUAAAUUAAUUUCAGAUAGCAGCAGUUCUGCAGCGUACAAGUCUAUAACUUUACUGGGGUUUGAAUAUUUAAUUGGGUUGCGCGAUUACCCGAUGUUCGAUUUGAUCGUGUGGGCGUGGAGAGUUCAAGAAAAAUUAAUUGUCGUCGACACCGGGUUCAUUCAACAAAACCAAUCUUUGCAGAUGUAAAUAACGUCAGCAGUUGUCAUCAGUCCGGACAGGGCCGUACACUCGUAUCCAUAUUAUAGAAUGUCUGUGAUUUUUUUUGUUUUUCCAGAUUAUUAUCAACCGGACGUGAAAUCUAUCUAAGUCAAACGGAACGUGACGUGAAAUGUAAACUCCAACUCUGGACGCUGUUCGUUAGCUGCAAGACGGUGUACGCGAAAAACACUCUGGUCGGGUUGCAGGACGACUCGAAUGUCGGAUCGGGCUGUUGGACGUCCAGCGGUUGGUUCAUUUUUUGUGAUUUGUCAAGGAAUGCUGUUUACCGUACACAGCCAUGUGCACCGAAUCCCGAAAUGUGCAUAGAGUACACUAGAAACGAUUCCGAACAAACUCCGGCAUUGGUAUGUUCUAUAGGACAUAAUAGACAAGGGUUUGUGCUAUACACGUCCAACGAAUUGAGGGUAAGCCGUUUUGCGAAUGCACGUUGCGCACACAAUGAUAUUGUAAUAUUAUCGAUUGGUUUUAAUCGUUUUCAUGUCACUCUGUGUAGUGGUUUAAGGACACCAAGGGCGUUUUUACGGAAAUGUGGAAAAUCGUCGUCAACCAUAGACUGCAAUGUAUAGUAGCCGGAGAAAACGAUGUUUACGGCUGGACAGAAGAGGUGGUUUUAAUUUGUUUAUAUUAUGAUAUUGUGGAAAGAGGUCAAUCAAUUUUUAUUUUUGCAGGGUUUUCUGCUUGAACUGACAAAAAAAAAGGAAAACGUAUUAAAAAUCUAUGGAACAAGUAUCGAGUAUUUUACAUUUAUCAAGCCUACCGACGAAACGGUCGCAACUAUCAACGAGAAAAACGUUUUGCAACUGUGGGACGUGUCUACUGGAGUACUUGUAAAUACGUUUACAAUAACUUUGACAGUAGUAAUACAGAAUUAUUUAAUAUUUCGUCUUCAUGUUUUAUAGAAAAGCGAGAUGAAUUUAACCGGAAUUGCAACACACAUAAGCAGCUAUCCAUUUGAUAACUAUUUUACAAUUUCGUUUAAAAAUGGGAAAGUGGAACUUUUUAAAACUCUCAAGAAUAAUGAUUUGAAGCGCAUUGCUAAAAUGGUAUUAUGUGACGAAGAGAUAUCUUCGGUACAUUUUUUACGUGGACCAAAAUGUAUAGCGGCCAGUUUUCCAACUGGUCGAUUUUAUUUUAUUGAUGUAAGUUUACGAUAAGCUAACAAUUUUUGAGAUUUUUAUGGUGGAUUUUUUUGAUUAUUCAAUGAAGUCUAGUAAGUCUAUAGGUGCCUAGAGAUCAACACAAUAAAUAUUAUCUAAAAAGAUGAGAUUUACAGACAUCCAAAAAUUACUAAAACAUCUUUUUAUCGUGUACCUGACGUAGUGAAAAUAUUAUUCAUUUUUUAAAAUAUUUAAUUGAUAAAUAAUGUGAGUCUAAUAAUUGAAACUGUAGUCAGAUAUAAAAUUACCUAUGUUUGAAUAAAGUUAACCAAAUUAUAACCAAUAAAGGCACUUAGCAAAAGUACAUUGUUAUGUUUGCAUUCCCGUUUUUUUUUUUUGGUUUUCUGAAAAGGUGGCAAUAAACUCUACGUACCUAAGGUCCUUGUAUAGUCUUACAUGAUCCUUUUGAAUUUUCUAUUUAAUAAUUUGUGUUAUUUUUUUUUAUUAGGUAGAAAUCUAACCUUUUUUGAUAGAAUUACCUACUCAAAGUUCUUAGUAUAUAGAGUUAUACAAAUAAAUAUUUUUAUUUCAAAAGGUUUUUAAUUUAAUAAUUAUGUAUAUGGAUGAGAAGUUGGGAAGGUAGGAUACAUAAAGUUAUUUAAUUUAUUUUAGCAAGCAACGAUAAACCAUCACUAACAAAAUUCGAUUAUGAGUGAAGUUCAUUUAUAUAUGAUUUAAAAGGUCGUAAUAUUUACGAUUUCCAUCAAAAUUUGAUUUUAAAACGAUUAUAUAAAAAAUACUACAUUACACUUUACUUUUAAUUUUACUCACUAAGUACAACUCGAUCAAAUAAUUUUAACCACAUAGUACACACCAAAGAAAAAGUACGUAAAAAUAUCUAGAAAAUAUAAAAUGCCUAUAAUUACUCAUAGCUUAAAAAUAUUUUGAGAAUAUUUAAAAAAUUUGACCACGUCUAUAAAAGGCCAAUAUAAGUUUUCUAUCAAAAAGUCCCUUCGAAUAUUUUUAACUAAAUUUUACAAUAAUAAACAGAAUUGAAUAACAAAAUCAUUAUUUUCGUUGGUUUUCAAUUGGAACAAGUUCAAAUUCAAAAAGAUUUUUACAAACAGAAAAAAAAAUAAAAAUAAAAAUGAUAGUAAAAACCAAUAGAUUCCUUACUUCACUAAAAAUCUAAAAUAAAAUUAUUCUGAUCAAUUUUGAUCAAACAGUUCUAACUAUUUUAUGAAAUAUAAUAUAUUUAUUAGAUUGUAUUGGGACAAAAAUGUUCAGUUUUAAGAGAACAUCAUUUGGAAAAGCAUGUUAUUGACAUUGAAAUAAUCGAGGAUGGCAAAUCAUCGAUUCUAGCAGUUUUGUAUAAAAAUGAGCAAACUGCAGGAAUAACUGGAAAUAAUUUUGUAAUAUUCGAUACAAAUUUGAAUGUAAUUUUUGAAUAUGAAAAUUCUCAAUUUUACUACACGUCAAUAUCUAAAUGGAAUUCGUCUGAUGUACCCGAUGUAAUAAACAUAGCUUUUAACGUAAUGCUAUCAAAAUGUAUUCACUUAAUGCGAAUAAAUAUUGUUCAGGUAGCUACUUUAUAUUUUAUACUUUAUUCAUGGUUACGACCAUUUUAUAAAUUUAAAAUAUGUGACGUUUAAAGGCGAAAAUUGUAGAGUUGAAAGAUAUACCGUUAGAUCAUAUGCUGAGACAAGUUGAAGUAUCCGUUGGGAAAAAUAAUUUUGUUACAUUUAGCUACGAUGGUAUAUACAAUCUUUAUGAAUUCGAAGAUAAUGGCGAGUGGAAAAAAAUUGUUUCGGUGAAUUGCAGUCGUUGGCAAACUGGAGGGUUGAAAUUUGCACAAGUCGAUUUCAACGGUUAUAAUAUAUUAACAUUGGGCUAUCAAGGAAACUUUAUGUGCACAGGAUUUAAGUAAAUUUCUCGAUGACAAUUGCAAAUCAAAUACGAUAUAAAUUUUUGAAAACGUACUUAUUCCAGUGCAACUUGUGAUCAUAACAGAAAAUCGUAUGUCACCAAUAAAUCAAUAUUAGAAGAUGAUAUUAUGGAUACGGAAGGAAUUGGUUUCGAAGACGAUUCAGAAAGUAGGUCAAAUUAUUAUGUUCUGAGACAGUCGGUGUAUUCAUUAGUUUUACUAUUUUGUAGUGCAAAAUCGAAUGACUUGGACGAUGAUCAAUGAAAGUAAUAAAUUGUACGCAGAUAAUGUUUCAUACAGUACACAAAAAAAUGAAAUAAUACGAGAAUUUAAUAACAUAAAAAAAGAGGUAGUAAAAACUUAAAUUAUUAUUAACUUUAAUUAUUAAAGUUAUAGGCUGAAAUAGUAUUUAAUUUUUUGAAAUAUUUUUUAAGAUUUAGGUAUGUGUUAUUAAAUAUUUUUAUUUUAGCUUCUAACAUUACUGGACACGAAUGUUAAUGCAUCUGAAGAUACUAAAAUAAAUAUAGUAGAAUUUGAUUUAAACGUGGAUUAUAGACAGGAAUUCAGAGAAAAAAGUGAAAUCGAACGUCAAAUUUAUAAAGCAAAAAUCCUUGGUGAUAUAAGCAAGUUUAAAAUUGAGACCAAAAAUAUAUUGAAAGAAUAUUGGGAAUGUCUUUCCGUUAAACCAAAGGCUGUACAUGUACGUAUAAUCAAAUCAAUAAUAAAUUUGGCACCAAGAUGAAUAUGUUACAUAGAUUAGUAUCUAAAUGUCGGUAUGCUAUAAAACAGAAAAAUCAGUCAACUAGAAUUCAUUGAGCAUUCAUUGAGUUUAAAGAAUAUAAAUAUGAUCAAUGUCUUUUAUAUUUUAAAUGAUAAUUCAAACAGAUUUUUUAAAAAGUAGCUUUAGAAAACGUUCUAAUAGAAAUUAAUUUGAGUUAGUUUAUACAAUUUAAGUUUAGAUAUAAUAUUCAAAAUAUACUAAUUUCUCCUUUUAUAGACAUACCUAAGUAGAUUUCCAGGUUUUCUUUAUUGAGUGACAACAUUGUUUUUAAUAUUGCGUACAUUUAAAUAUAGAUUUAUUUAUUUACUUUGUUAUAUUUGAGUAUAUUAUAUACUUAAAAUUGAUAUUAAAAUAUAAAAAUAUAUAUAUUAUGUAUUAUAUUAUUAUAAAUAUUUUAAUUCUACCUUUCCCCCCCCCCCGUUCGAUCACCUUUGAAAAUCAUAAACAUUUUUUAAUGUUUAAUUUAAAAUUUAUUCGAUUUCAGUGUUUACAAAAAUUAUACAAAGUUGAUAACUAUCCGAUCAGCAUACAAGAUCAAAAUGAUAUAAAAAUAGCAAAUCAAAUUAUAGAAAAGAGAAAAUUAAUCGAAGAAGACCCAUCAGCAUUAUCAAUCAAUCCAUCAACUUUCACGUAAAGUAUAUAAAUAAAUAUUGCAUAGAUCUCUAAACAAAUCUACACAUUUUUUUUAGAGACUGGAUGUACGACGAAACGUCUUUGACGGAGAGCGAUUAUAAAGAAAAUCAAGAUUAUUUAAUGGGAUCAAUUAGUUAUAAAUUAAUUAACAGUCAUAAUGAAAAUUUAAAUUUUCAAAAUAAUUAUUAUCAAUUAGAAAAAGCUAAUGAUGAAAUAGUUUUACUUAAAGUAAGUAAAAUAAUAAAUAUUUUUAUUUUGACUAAUUUUUACAGCGAAACCGGUUCAAUAACAAUUUUUCAAUAUUUCAAUACUGGAUACCGCACAAAUGUACAUAUUCAGUUUUAAAAACUAAAUCAAAACCUAACAAAUAUAUAACCGGUUUAAAAAACCGGUUAAUCAUAAACAUGUUCAUUUAGGUACUUUUAAAGUAAUUCUUAACUACUCAGUUACAAUUUAGUUGGUAAUACAAUAUCCGAAGACGAUACGUGAUUUUUAAAACAUUAUUCAUUAUAUUUUAUUACUAGGUAUUAUUAUUUUAACUUUUAUUAUUAGUAUUAUUAUUAUAAUACAUGUUUACAGAUAUUGCUUUGAUAUUUUAAUAUUUUAGAUUCUGAGUGGAGCGAUGUUUUACAAAGAUCUUCAUUUUUUUUUUUUUUUGUAAACUUUGCAACUUUUCUACCAAAAUAAUUGCUCAGAUUUUUAACUAUAGCACCUUUUCUGAACAGAAAUCGGUGUGGGGAGGUCAUUUUUCGAUUUUCUCAGUAUUUUUCAAAACUUUUUAUUAAUCUUAAACAAGGCUGGAAUUUAUUUAAUAUCGGUUUUAAAAUCAAUAGAUAUCAUAUUUAAUUGCUAAUAAUAUUAUUUUGUUUUUACUUGUAUUAGUUCAUCAUUAACAGAUUAAAAGUAAAUUUUAAUGAAAUAUUCAAUGAACUGUUUGUUAAAAAACAAGUUCAACUAAAUAAUUUAAAGGAACAUAAUAACAGUUUACGUGAAAUCGAAAGUGAAUUCAGAUUGGCUUGCAAAAGUAUUAUGCACAAAUAGGCUCUUACAACAAAUAAUUUUAUUUCAUAUUUAUUAUGUUUAGUGGAAUCCACUGAACUUUCAGUAGUGGAUUUUGAAUGGAAUCAAUACGAAGAAACUGAAAAGCUUACAUGUGUUAAAGACGAUGAAGUUCCCUUAAAAUUUUAUAAUGUUUUAUCAAAUAAACAAAUGAUGAUGGACGCAAAUUCAGCUAAAGAAGAGCAUAACGCACAAUCGUUAACGUUUGACAAUUUUAGACGACAGGCACUGAUCACUAUGAUGGAUGGUGUUUUGGAAAAAAGAUGGGAAGAUGAGUUGAAAAAAGAUGUGCCUAAACCUGAAAGCAUUGUGCGUGUGUAAAGAGUUAAUUAUCCUAAAAGUAUAUUAUAACGACUAUUGUUUUUAUUUUAAGUUAAAUAAAAAGCCAGAAAAUUAUACAGAAGAAGAUUUUAAAGAUCUAAAAGAGUAUGAUAAUUUAGUGGCGAUUAGAAAUAACGAGAGAUUGAAGUACAAAAAGAUUCUUGAAGAAAAAAAGGCAAACAUCAUUCAACAAAUCAAUAAAAGCAUAGAUGAAUUUGAUAAUAAUGUAUUCGAAAUUUAUAAAAUCAAAUUGAAAUACAAUGCAGCUAUUAAUCAGGAGAAUUUAAAAAUUAAUAGAAUUUCAAAAAUGUUAAGCGAUAUCGAUUACCGAAAGCAACAAAUUAAACUACAUGAGUUAGUAGUUCAGUACUUCAAUACCAAUAAUAUACCAUCUAUAGUCAUUUAUGUUUGAAAAUGUAAAAAUUUUAUUGAAUUUUAAAAUUAUAUUUAUAGAAAAUCUAUUUCGGAAAUAGAAAAAACUAUUACCGAGACUAACAAAAAUAAAAUUAACACUGAGUUGAUCCAUGGUUCUUUGAUUAAUAAUAUAGAAGUAUUGAAGCAAAAAGAUAACGAUCUUCAAAAACAUUUCAAAUCCGUAUUUCCUUCCAAACUUAUAUAUGAACAAGCACUAAAUGCUUACAAGUAAAACACAUACAUUAUAAAUAACCUAAUAUUAUAUCAUCCCCUUAUUGGUACUAGACCACCACAAAUCCGAAUUUCAAUUUUUUGAGUUAAGGCUACAGUAAGUUAGCUAGUAAUUUUCUCCACAAAAUGCUAAAUUGUUACAAGUCGUAGUACAAUCAAUACAUUUGUAAUAAAAUUGUUUGAAAUGAAAAACUGACACAAAACUUAAUGAGGUAGUUUUGAUAUUCCAAUUAAAUAAUAAGCUUCAGAUAACUUAGAUAAUUCCAAAGUAUUGAAACUAAAGCUCUAACCAUUUGGGAGCAUAUAAUAUUUUAAAAUUGAAUUUUUCAAAACUAUACUUUUUGAAUUGUGGCGGUUUUGUACCAAGGGCGUGGUGUAUUUGUAUUUAUUUUACAAAUAUUUUUUUUAUAUUUAGUCGAAGACCUAAAUUACAAGGAGACAGAAAUUAUUCACCAUUACUUGGUUAUCAGUUUAUAAAUAAUAUAAUAGACCCGGGCCAUGACAAAUCAAAUCUUUUGAGCUUCGAAUUCGUAAAAUACUUAGACACACUUAGAGUUUAUGACGAUUACAAAUAUGUGGAAGACAAUAAACUGAAUAUGGACAAGGAAACUUGGCAUAAAGUUUGCAAUUUUAGACGAAUCAAAAUUGAAUCUGAAUUUAAAAUCAGAACUUUCGAAAAAGACGUGACAGAAAAAGCUAAUUUAUUAGACAACCUAAUACACGAUAAAGAAGAAAAUGAACUUUUGAUUAAAAAAUUGAAAUCAUCUAUUAUUAAAUUAGAAAAUCAAGAUAAACACUAUGAAAAUGAUAGCGAGGUAAGAAACGUAGAUUGUAGCUUGUGAAUAGUUUUAACAACAUUCUUACUUGGUUUUUGUACGAUUUUUUUUAGAUUCAAUUAGUAUUAAAACAAGGGAAUAUCCAUGUCCAAACAACAGGGCACCUAAGAGAUUUUUAUAACACCACACUUUUACCCAAAAGUUUUAUCGAAGCAAUAAAUUCGGAAAUUAAAGUAAAUAAAUUUGACUUACAAAAUUUUCUUUAUAAUAAUGAUACAUAUUUUGCUAUACUGACUUUCCUAAAGCAUUUUACUUAUUGACUAUGUAAUACUAGUCAAUGUUCUUCUUAUAUCCAGUUGACUCACUUCUGUCUUGAUUUAGUUCAUUUAUAAAUGAAAUAAAACAAUGGGUUAUGAUUUAUGAUGUCUCAUUUAAAAUGCUUCCUCUAAUCCCAAGGAGGUCAACUAUUCCUCGAGUUGUUUUCUGUAUUUUUAAAUAGUUCAAACCGUAUAUCACGACAUGCACGUCUAUUGGACUUUUCCGAUGACAUAAAAUUGACCCUUUACAAGAUUACAAUAAUCUUCAAGCCAAUAUUAACUUUCUCGUGUUGUAGGCUGAAAACCUACGAUUGUCCUUUAACAUUUCAAAAUAUCAUUUCCUACCUACCUUAAAUUAUAUUAAUUUUGACACGAUAAUGAAUCUAAUAAAAUGCAUAUUAUUUAGGAAACAGGGAAGAUUAAAAUUGACGUGUUAUCAACAUUUUUGAAAUUCAAAAGUAAAUACCAACUCUUAGAGUCGGAACUUAAAAAUCUAAAAGAACACAAAAUUGAAUUGUAUAAAUAUCGUUAUAACUACAUAACAUCUAUGAAGAUGACCGAGAAUAUAUUACAUUAUCUCAAGUUUAAAGCAAAGGGUAUAAACAUUGCUAAACAAGCUGAACAAAAUGUAGAUAAAAGUUUAGCAGGGAUGCAAAUCGUAAGAGAUACUUACGUUAUAUAUAACGCUAUGAUUUAAAUACAUUAUCUAAAUAAGAAUAAUUAUUAUUUUAUUUUUUUAAAUUUAAGCACCAUUCAAAAGAAAUAGUACAGUUAAAUCAAUUUAUUGACGAACUCUCCACCAAGAUAAAAAAAAUUAAACGAGAAAACGAAAAAAUUGAAAAAGACAUCGAUUUGACAAAUCUCAAAUUAUCGGAAGUAAAGAAUACCAUUGAUCACAGUUUAACUAGUAAACUAACAUUAAUUACGGAUACAAGGUGAAUAUAAUAUUUAAUUUUUAAAUGUAUUUUAGCGUAAUUUAAUUGUUAUAAUUUUGAACAUCCUACCAAGUAAUCCAUAAAUAUAAUAUUUACUAUUUGCGUAUCAAUGGAUAUAUAUUUAUAUAUAUACAUUAUUUAUGCUAAAAUCAAUAAUAUAUUAUUAUAUUUCGUUGUAGAUUGAAAAAUGUUAUGCAACGUUCUAAAAUUAUGUCAAAAAUAAUGGAUCUUCAUAAAGAAGUUUACAUAUUGGAGACAGAAUUGGAAUUAUUACUCUUGAAAACAUAUCCUACACUAAAUAAUACUGUCACUGUUAGUUAGUGUUCAUAUUGCAUCUUAAAUUUAAUAUUGUGUUGAUAUGACGUACACAUCUCCACCUCCUUUAAAAUUCGAAAUUUUUCUUGACUUAAUAUUUAGUGCAUCAUUAAUAUUGGAAGCAGGGUUACGAUUUGCGUGAUUAAUUAUUAAUGCAAUUAUAUUUUAAGGCCCUUUUUUUUCUUUAACCCCUUUAAUAAGGCCUUGGAGUGUAACAUCUCAAGCAAUUUAUUCAAGGUUUUUUUUUUAAUUAUUUUACAUAGAACGUCUAUUAUAAACUCAAAAUCAUCAAUUAGUGACGACUGUCUAUAAAAUAUUUUUUAACUAUUUUAUUAAAAAUUAAGAAAAUCCACCUCAGAAACACAAUUUAACAGAAAAACUGACUUAAUUGGCUAAAAUUUUUGCUAUGUACAAUAAAUUAUUAAAUUCAUUGGAUUUAGAAAACAUGAUGGCAUUUUUCGCUUCAAAAAAGGCCAGGAAAAGGUCUUUCCAAGGCGCCUUGAAUGUUUUAAUUUUUUUUUUUUAUUGAAAUAGUACACAUUUAUAUAAACCAAAAAGUGUAAUAUAUAGAUAUAAAUAUAAAUAAUAAAUGUAUAAAAGUAAAAAUUUAAAAAAAAAAAAUGCCUCACAAAAUAAUCUAGUCGAGCUCUCGCAAAUUGUGACGUUCACCCUGCUAUCUAAUACUAUCGAGUCAUUUACAAUUAGACCAAGGAAAAUGUCACAUUUUAAAAGUAGAGGAGAAGGGAGGGGGAAAUUGUACGCGUUGACAGUUCAUUGUGAAAAUAAAGAAAUAAUAAUGGUCAUAUAUAUUGGUGCACCAGAAACAAAUUAAUUCCGUACAAUAACGAACUACUCUCGAACUGUGAAAAGAAAUAAUAGAGACCAUUCCGUAAGCAAAAAAAAUAAAA